AUGACUGUGCAAACACUGGCCGUGGCCGUGAUCACGGUGGUUUACUUUCUCAUCCGAUAUUUCAAUCGCACGGAUGUUCCCAAGAUCAAAGGUUUGCCCGAAGUUCCUGGGGUGCCAUUGUUCGGAAAUCUCCUGCAACUAGGGGAUCGGCAUGCCCAAGUGACGGCCAAGUGGGCAAAGAAGUUUGGCCCCGUCUUUCAGGUUCGGAUGGGGAACAAGAGGAUUGUCUUCGCCAAUAGUUUUGACUCCGUCCGGCAACUAUGGAUCAAAGACCAAUCCGCAUUGAUUUCUCGUCCAACCUUCCAUACCUUUCACAGUGUCGUCUCCAGCUCGCAGGGGUUCACAAUCGGUACCUCGCCCUGGGAUGAGUCCUGCAAGAGACGGCGGAAGGCUGCCGCCACGGCUCUCAAUCGCCCAGCCACGCAAUCGUACAUGCCCAUCAUUGACCUGGAGAGUAACUCGAGCAUCAAAGAGCUCUACCGUGAUAGCAAAGAUGGCACGGUGGACAUCAAUCCGACGGCCUACUUUCAACGAUACGCCCUCAACACCAGUCUCACCCUGAAUUACGGCUUUCGCAUCGAGGGCAACGUGGAUGACCAGCUACUGAAGGAGAUUGUCGAUGUGGAGCGCGGUGUGUCCAACUUCCGCAGCACCUCCAACAACUGGCAGGAUUACAUCCCGCUCUUGCGAAUCUUCCCCAAGAUGAACAACGAGGCCGAGUCAUUCAGGGUGCGGCGUGACAAAUACCUCACCUUCCUUUUGAACAUGUUGAAAGAUCAGAUUGCCAAGGGCACUGACAAGCCUUGCAUCACUGGGAAUAUUCUCAAAGACCCCGAAGCCAAAUUGAAUGAUGACUCCACCCCACUCCGGCGAGUGAUUGCGGCUGUCCUUGCUAAGACCUCAAUCCUGUUCCCUGCAGCUGAAAUCAAAUCCAUUUGUUUGACCAUGGUCUCCGCGGGAUUGGACACCGUUCCCGGAAAUCUGAUCAUGGGAAUCGCGUAUCUGGCGUCGGAAGAAGGCCAACGGGUCCAAGCCAAGGCAUACGAGGAGAUCAUGAAGGUCUACCCCAACGGCGACGCGUGGGAAAAAUGUCUGGUUGAGGAGAAGGUCCCUUAUGUCACGGCUCUGGUCAAAGAAACUCUGCGAUUCUGGAGCGUCAUUCCGAUUUGCCUGCCUCGUGAAAGCACCAAAGACGUGGAGUGGAAUGGUGCUGUCAUUCCCGCCGGCACGACUUUCUUCAUGAACGCCUGGGCUGCGGAUUACGACCCGGACCAUUUUGAGCAACCGGAAAAGUUUGUGCCUGAGCGCUACUUGGAACUGGGAGAGGCGUCCGGGACGCCUCAUUACGGGUACGGCGCAGGGUCUCGCAUGUGUGCGGGUUCGCACUUGGCGAAUCGAGAACUUUACACGGCCUUCCUGAGGCUCAUUACGGCCUUCCGGAUGGUACCAGCAAAGGCAACCGAAGAUCAGCCCAUCUUGGAUGCCUUGGAGUGCAAUGCCAUUCCCACCGCAUUAACGACGGAGCCAAAGCCGUUUAAGGUGGGCUUCACAGCUCGCGAUCCCGAGAAGCUCAAGAGGUGGAUGGCCGAGAGUGAUGAGAGGACCAAAGAUCUAUGA